UCAUCUCUCAUUACCAAACAUGCACUUGUAGUACUUCACACUGCUGGAAAUUCACCAAUUGACUCUCUUUUGCAGAUAGUCCUUUAUCCAUAUGUCCAAACAUUGUUCUCCACCUAACAAAGUGAGCAUUAUCAUUCUCUUGGUCAGAUGAGAAUCCUCUUAAUAGUAGGUAAGGUAAUUCUGUAUUAAUUACAUCCCAAACUCUCUUAUUACUACACCGCAAUGCUGCAAUUGGAUAAAAUACUAAAUAAGGAAUCUAUUACCAGUAAUUGAAUUUAACUUUUUAAAGUACCAAUUUACCUUGAGGACGCCCUUUAAUAUCUUGAUUAAGAAGUUCCAACCAUUGGGAAGCUACAUAAGCAGUCGAAAACAAAACAGCACUCAUAUUAGGUUGCUACCUUGCUUCUGGUUCAUACCGUUCACACCUUUCUCCCAUGUACAUUUUUUUUUCUUUUCAUUUACCUAAACUGAAGCAACUUUUUGGUUCAUACCCUGCUCAUAAUAACAUCUCUACAUGACUUUUUUCUUCAAAGAUUGUUUAGUGUCCAAGUGUUUUUAGCUGCCAUUACUUUUAGUAUGGUAAAAAGAGUUGUCAACAGCCACAAAAGAAAUUUGUGACUCGAAAUACCCCUUCUCCAGUGGAAUGUAUGCAUGUUGCAGAAGAUAGAGGUAUAACAGUACUCAUAGUUAAAGGCAUUCUCGUUCCAAAUAUUAGUUUUAUGAAUCUUGUAUUAAUUUAUUUUGCUUAUGUAAGCACACUGUAAAUGCAAUUAGACCACUCAUGUUCAUUUUAGCUUCUACACAAAUCGAUCUUUUCGCAUCCACUGAGCUUCAUGCCAAAUCCCACUUUAUGUUUAUGAUAAUUGGAAAACAAUUUUUCCUUUUAUGUUCAUGCAAUGGCUAUUUUUCAUCCAACUUUUCACCCAACAUACUUCUCGUAACUUUUGCCUCUUUGUUCAACACUUUAUUUACCAAUAUUGUCUAAGGGAAAUGUCAUCCUCUUGUUCAACUCUCAAAAAGUUGCACUGCUGCAUAUCAUACACAACUGAAAAUUAGAGAGAAAAUUGUUCAAAUAUUCUGGUGUUAAUGAAAUCGGAUUAUCACGUACCGUAUAUGUAAUUUAGAUAUCAGUUUUAAACAUACCGUAUAUGUAAUAUACCGUUUAUGCAGCUUACCGUAUUUGCAAGUAGUUUACCGUAUAUACAGCUUAACGUAUUUGCAGCCUACUUACCAUAUUUGUAACUUACCGUAUUUGCAGAAAGCUCAUCAUAUUUGCACAGAAUUUGCACAAAUUGUUUUUUACCCAUUUCAUAUACAGUGAUUGAUUUUGCACGUAUUUGCUAGAUAUCGUAUAUGCAACUAACAUACCGGAUAUGCACUUACAUACACCAAAAUGUAGAAAUACCGUAUUUGCAUAUAUUGGUUAAAUAAAUACCGGUUGGACAACUACCAAACCGAAUGUUAUCUCAUUAAUUAAUUUUCUUUAGAUUUUUUUUACAUACGGAUAAUAAACUGUAAAAUUAUAUGAAGCACAUACAAUAAAAUAAAUUGGAAAAUCUACGAAGUAUAAGAUUAAACUACAAAGAAAUUGCAAAUAUGUAAAUCGUUAAGUAAAUAAAUCUACAAAAAUAGAUCGCAAAUAUGUGAAUUGCUGACAAUAAAUAAAUCUUCAACCCGGGGCAUGUGCUAGCACAGUUUGCUUAAACAGACUCGCUCUCUCACCAUAAAUGCUUGAGAUUAUAUCCGAGCGUAUAUUUUCCAGGAUACAAUGGUAAAAUUUAUAGAAUCUGAGUACCACAUAUACUACUUUGGUGAACUGACUAGUAUCUAAACAAUAUCACUACAAUGACGACGCUGAACAGAAAUCGAGAUGCAAACAGGAAAAAAAUAUGCAGAAUAUUUUUCUCUUAUUUUUCGUGUGUGUUCCGGAAUUGCUGGAGAAUGAGGACUUAUGUAGAUAAAAAAAAUAGUAAAAUUUCAAUAAUCAUAUCAAAAUAAACUUCGUAAUAAAAGAAGUAACUUGUCAAAAGUCUGGCUCAAAUCGAUUUAAUAAUUAUCAAGAAAACGACAAACGAAAUAUUAUUAGAAAUGGAGAAAAUAACAAAAAUGGGAAUUUGGAAGGGAAAACAGUGGAUUUUGGCCUUGAAAAUGAUGCCCACUAGCUUCGCUAUGGCCAUGACGUCCGCACCCAAAAGAGCUUUCCGAAUUAGGGUCAUAAUUGCGAUUCUGAUAACCGGAGCGAAAGUUAGGCCGAAUUUCUAAAACGUGUUUAAAACUACCACAAUUAGGAAAAGAUUGUACUCAAUUGCCAUCUUUUGCACCGAUCUGCCAACUCAUUAGCGCCAUAAACGUACUAUCUAAUAACUCAACAUCGCUUGAUUCGAACCCUUCUGCAUAAAUAUAGGAGUGAUAAUAGUUGAAGAACUCAGUAUCUUUUGAAAAUUAUAACAAAAUCGCACACAAGACUUGAGGGUAUCAAAAUUAGAGGAUCAAGCUAUUUGUAGACAUUACAUAUUAGAAAAAACAAAUAGUACGACCGCGUCAUGUAUUCGUAACAUGAUUAACCUGUCAUGCGAUCAAUCAGAAAUGCGUUACUAAAUAACAAUUUGUGCUAUUGAUUUUAAUACUUUCAUUAAUAAUAACUAUUCUCUACAAAAAUCAAUUUUUUUCCCAUAUUAAUCCAUUUGAAAUUGAUUUGUUAUCUAAUACCAACUAAUUGUAAAAGGUUUAAUAUUUUAGAUCUAAGAUUUAUUAAUUUUUGCAUGUUAUUAUCUUGAAUUUAUAUUUUUAUCUAUACGACAACAUUUUCCUUCAAAUUGACCAAAGCCAACAUCUCCCCCUCCCGCAAAAUUCCUUCCUAAAUCUCAACUUUUCCUUUCCAAUUCAACCACCAAUUUCCAAUCACUUCCCGCUCGUUUUUCCCCUCCCAAUUCUUCCAAAAAAAUUCUUUCCUUCCCACUCAUUCUUUCACCAAAUAUCACAUACAUUUCCUCAUAUACAGACCCCGCUUAUUCUGUAGAGCAACAACGUUUUGUCUCUGUUAAUUCUCAACUCAAAUUGAAAUUCACUUGAAUUUAAAGAUGUCGCGUUUAGUAAGAUGGACUUCCAUGCCUAGGGUUCCCAGGUUGCAAGAUGAGGAAGACAAUGGCUGGACCGAAACUGGUUCUGAGGAUACCGAUAUAUCUCUUUCAUCAGAGGACAAUGAUAGACCUGAUGGUAGGAAAAGGGGUCCUAACCACGGUACUAAUGGUUGUCCAGAUGAAACUGGAGAUGAUAGAAAUAAUACUCAUGGCCAAAAAAUAAGGAGAACGAAGUGGAGAAAGCAUGGAACACCGCCUCAAUUGAUCGGCUGCGAGACAUAUUUUGUUUGGCUCGAACUAAGGCUAAGGAAAAUAGUGGAUCAGAAAAUGUAGCUAAUUGGAGGGGAUAUGGACAACCAUGGUUAAGUACAGAGCAUUGGAAUGAGAUAAUUGAUAAACAUUGGAACAAUGAAGGAUGGAAGAAGAAAUCUAAACUUGGCCGUGAUAACCAACUCACUGUAAAGCCAGGAACAAUUACUAAGCACAUUGUUGGUUCAAUAACAAUUGCUGCUCACAAGCUGAGGCUGAUAAUGUUUAAUUUUAUGAAUCAAUUUCAUAGAUGAUGGACAUGUUGUGGUUAUCUUAUUCUAUUAGAAGAGCUUUUGUUUUGUCCAUUUA